AUGGCCGGACGUACUUCCCAACAGCAGCAGCAGCUGAAGUCCCAGCAAGGACCAAAGGUUCAUCGAGGGCAGCAGCAGCAACUGCAGCAGCGACGCUGCGUAAGCUGCAGGAGCAACAUCAGGAGAGGGUGGCGGCGUGGGAGGCCUGGCAGCUGCGACUCCAGCAGGCAAAGGCCGAGGAGGUCGAAUUAUGGACGCCGACACCCUCGCCGUCACCAACAUCGUCGUCACCGCCAUCGCACCACUGCCACCAUCUCAACCACCGUCGCCGCCGCUGCCGAAAGGGUCGCCGCCGAGGGAGACGCGGCUACCGUCGCCGCCAAGGGAGGCCCCGCCGAGGGCACCAACAUCGCCGUCACCAUCGCCGCCGCCUCCUCCGCCGAGGUGGGUGAGGUCGCCGCCGAUGCCGCAAGGGCCGCCGCCGUCGUCGCCGCCGCCGCUGCCAAAAGGGUCGCUUCCGAGGGAGACGCGGCCACCGUCGCCGCCAAGGGAGGCACCGCCGAGGGCACCAACAUCACCGUCACCGUCGCCGCUGCCGCCGCCACGACCGCCGAGGCUGCUCUGCCAGGAGUCGUGCCCCGAGGCCCAGGCACCGAGGAGACCCACGUUGCGAAGGGUGGUGUCGGUGGAGGCCGCCAGGCGAGAGAUGGCCAUCGGCCAUUCGGCCGGGGCCGAAAGGCAGAACUUAUAGCCACCCUGAAGGUUCGCAUCCGUGCAGAAAUUCGUAAACGCAAUUCGACUGUGCCUUUAUCGUCAACAUUUCGCGCGGAAGAUCCAUUUUCGUCUCACUCGAUUUUCGUAACUCAAAAAUCUCGAUUGCCGGAUCUUAAACUCCCAACAUUUAGUGGCGGCUACACUCAAUGGGCCGAUUUUCAUGCCAUGUUUUCGACGAUCAUCGACAAGAAUCCUGGACUCUCGAACAUCGAAAAACUGCAGCACCUGCGCUCCUGCCUCAAGGAUGCGGCCCUCGACACCAUAAAAUCACUGGAAAUCUCUGACAGCAACUACCGUAUCGCUCUUGAUGUAUUAAAUAACAGAUUUAAUAAUAAACGCAUUGUUUUUCAUGCACAUGUUGCACAAAUCUUUGGCCUAAAGACGAUCGAAGCUGGGUCAGUUGGCAAGUUAAGGGAACUUUCUGAUAGGCUUAUCAGUCACAUGCGGGCUCUGCAGGCAUUGGGCGAUCAACAGCAAAUCGCAAAUUGCUUCAUUGUUCAAGCCUUGGUGCAAAAGUUGGAUCCACCUACCCAAGCCAAGUGGGAGGAGUCGUGCUCUGUUGACAAAAUACCAUCGUGGGAGGAGUUUUCGAAGUUCCUGGAAAGACGUUGCCAGACUCUAGAGAAUGUGGAGCUUGCCAUGGCUACCCAUUCAUCCAGCCACUCAUCUGGAAGAACAAAUCGUUCUAGCAAGGCUCUACUAGCUGCCAGUCCAUCACGAUGCCGAUUCUGCAGCGAUAGCGGUCACUCCAUAUAUACGUGCACGAGAUUUGGUAAUCUUUCCCCAGCACUAAGGCUGAAGGAAGUGAAGAAGAUGUCCCUGUGCAUAAAUUGCCUUAAAGACGGGCAACAAUUGCGCUCGUGCAAUUCUAGCGGCUGCAAGAAAUGUGGAUCCAAGCAUCACACAUUGCUUCAUUUGGGAGACGCACCAUUUCCAACGUCAUCUGCAAUGCCACCGCCAGCUCAGCCUGCGCUGGCCCCAGUCAACAUGGCUCAAGGUUCUUCAAAUCAGUACUCACUCGCUUGCACGCUGCCCUCUGACUCAGCUUCUUCCUCUUUCGAAGGACCUCAGGUUUGCAACUUUGUGCUCUUGGCAACUGCUAAUGUUUUUAUUAAAAACAGAGCUGGUAGUCUAAUACCUUGUCGUGCCAUUCUAGAUUCAGGCUCGCAAGUUCACAUUGUAACAUCUAGAUUCGUACACCUUCUUCAACUCAAAAGGAUUAAAUCUGCUGCAGCUGUAUCUGGUCUUGGAGAUUCUAGCUUCAGAACUACAGGAUAUGCUGUCCAGCUGAGUUUAUCAUCCAACUCUACCAAUUACUCUGCAAGUAUUGAAGCCGUGGUUGCAUCCUCAAUUGUCAACGACCAGCCUGACUUCAAUUUCGACUCAUCACCAUGGAAUAUCCCGUCAAAUCUACCGUUGGCUGACCCGGAAUUCAACAAAUCGAAGAGGAUUGACCUUCUCAUAGGAGCAAAUAAAACGCCAGAGCCUAAAGAUCGGAUUGAUGAUCUUCUGCAGCGAUUUUGGGAAUUAGAAUCCUGUCCUUUGGAAAGCUCGAAAUUCACCAGAGAAGAAACGGAAUGCGAGGAGCAUUUCCAAAACACCUUCUUUCGACUACCCACUGGUGAAUACGAAGUGCAGCUACCGAAAACUGGAAAAAUCGAUGGACUUGGAGAGUCAUACCAACAAGCAUUUCGCCGUUUCCUCAACUUGGAGCGAAAAUUGGAACGCCGUCCUGAUGUCAAGGAACAAUACUCUAACUUCAUAAAGGAGUAUCUGGAACUCAACCAUAUGUCGCUUGUACCUCCAGAGGAUAGAAUGCACUGCAGAUUCUUCCUCCCGCAUCAUUGCGUAUUUAAAGAGGAUAGCACGACCACCAAACUGCGUGUCGUAUAUGAUGGAUCAGCAGCUUCAUCAUCUGGAAUUUCGUUGAAUGACACGUUGAUGGCAGGACCUACCAUACAGGCUAAGCUCUUCAAUAUUCUUAUCCGUUUUCGUACCUUUGCAGUGGCUCUCACUGGAGAUAUUGGGAAGAUGUAUCGCUGUGUUCGAAUAGCCAAGUCAGACAGCUAUUUGCAAUGCAUUAUCUGGCGCGGUUCUGAUCAGGAUGACAUCAGCAUCUACAAGUUGGAUACCGUAACAUACGGUACCAAACCCGCCGCCUUCCUAUCUGUUCGAGCGAUGCAUCAGUUGGCCAUGGAUGAGCAGUCGACAUAUCCUGUAGGAUCUCAAAUCGUCAGACGUGAUUUUUAUGUGGAUGACUUGAUCACCGGAGGCAGUUCCAUUGAAGAAGUCGAGGAUAUUCUUCACCAAACAAAGGAUUUGCUAUCGAAAGGCCACUUCAUGCUUCGGAAGUGGUGCUCCAAUAUACCAGUCGUUCUCGAAAAUGUUCCAGAAGAGGAGAAAGAAUCAUUCCUGAAGUUUCACGAUGGAAGCGACAUAACCAAAACUCUCGGAUUGGCUUGGGAUCCUGCAUCAGAUGUCCUUCUUUUCUCGUAUUUGCCUACGCAGUCCACAACCAAGCCAAACAAACGUUCUGUGCUUUCGACAAUAUCCCGAUUCUAUGACCCGCUUGGGCUCAUAAGCCCGGUCAUAACCAAAGCCAAAAUCUUCCUACAGGAGCUCUGGAAGGAGAAGCUACACUGGGAUGAAAGCUUGCCGGAAUCUUUAAGCUCAACCUGGUCCAGUAUAUGCCUUCAGUUUCGCAGCGUAGAAAGGACGACAUUUCCCAGAUUUGCAUUACUACCAAAGGGAUCAAUCGAGAUUCACGGGUUUUGCGAUGCUAGCAUGUCUGCCUAUGGAGCAUGUGUAUAUAUCGUAUCCAGAUCUGCUGACAAAUCGAAUGCUCAACUAUUGUGCGCCAAGUCUCGAGUAGCGCCUUUAAAGACUCUGUCGAUUCCGAAGCUUGAACUAUGCGGAGCGCUUCUGCUGGCCACUCUUCUAAGCGAGCUUCAAAAAAUGGAUAUAUUUUCAGGUCCAUACUUCUGCUGGUGCGAUUCAACCGUAGUCCUAGCUUGGCUAAAUAGAGCCUUGCCCAUGGAAUUGAACGCAUCCGAUCUCUGGUUUCAUGGACCUUCGUUCUUGCUGCUACCGCGAUCCAGCUGGCCGCCAUCCCCUGCCCAAGAGCAGUGCAUACUGGAGCUGCGCAAGGCAACGUGUUUGGUUUUGACGUCACCGAUUGAUCUGACAUCUACGUGCAAAUCACCCACUCUGACUGUUUCAGAUUUACAGAAUGGUACACGCCUUCUAGUUCGAGCGGUGCAGCGAGCUACCAUGUGGGCUGACUUAAAAGCAAUUCAGGCCAACCAUGUCCUGAAGCCAUCGAACUGCCUGUCAUCGCUGUCUCCAUUUGUUGAUGAUUUUGGUCUUCUACGAGCCGGAGGUAGAUUGUCGAACUCAAGUCUGCCCUUUGACUCUCGACAUCCAAUGAUCCUGCCCAGGAAACACCCAAUAUCUUCGGCUAUCAUCAAGCACUUCCACGAAGAAAGCCUUCACGCAGGACCUCGUACACUGCUGGCCAGAAUCAGACUCCACUAUUGGCCCAUCGGGGGAGAAGAACAGUCUCUGCUGUGGUCACCAAACCUGCCAAAGGAUCGCGUGGACUCUUGCAAGGCCUUCACUGUCACUGGAGUGGACUACUGCGGCCCAUUCAUGUAUAAGCCUGAGGGACGCAAGCGCCAGCCGCUGAAGUGCUACAUAUGCAUUUUUAUAUGCUUUGCAACCAAAGCAGUUCACAUGGAACUAGUGGCUGAUUUAUCCACACCAACAUUCUUGGCAGCCCUCAGACGCUUUAUUGCAACAAGAGGUCGUCCCAAAUGCAUUUGGUCUGAUAAUGCAACCAACUUUACUGGAGCCAAGAAUGAGCUUGCCGAACUUCGUCGCUUAUUCCUAGCUGAGGACCAUUUGAAGGCAAUCGAGAGCUUCUGUCUAGCAGACUCCAUCGAAUGGAAAUUCAUUCCACCCAGAUCGCCUCACUUUGGAGGGCUUUGGGAGGCCUCAGUUAAGACAGCCAAGCAUCAUCUUUAUCGCACUAUUUCGCAAUCCACACUUGGAUUUGAUGAGUUGCGCACCAUCAUUUGCAUGAUCUCGGCUAUCAUCAACUCUAGACCGCUGCUACCCCUAUCAGAGGAUCCAGCAGACCUUGAUGUCCUGACUCCAGCACAUUUUCUAACUGGCGGUCCUGCUACCAGCUUCUGCGAACCAGAUCUCUCUAACCUGAAUGUCAACCGACUUGAUCGUUGGCAGAAAAUUUCUUAUUUGCAGGAAACUUUUUGGAAACGCUGGCGUGAAGAAUACCUGACGAUCUUUCAGCAGAGAUCCAAGUGGCGUUCUCCUCAACCCAGUCUGCAAGUCAACGAUGUCGUCCUCGUCAAGGAUGAAAAUCUACCACCAUUCAAAUGGCCAUUAGCUCGUGUGCUAGAGCUGAUAAAGGGGAAGGAUGAAAUCUGUCGAGUCGCUGUCCUGAAGACCGCAACAGGAAUAACCAAGAGAGCUGUCGCCAAACUGUGCCUUUUGCCUACGAAGGAUGAUGUUGAAAGCCCUGGCCUUCCAACGGGGGGAGAAUGCUUGGUCCAGCCCAAACAACUUAAAUAA